AUGGGACUACGUGCAGUUAACGUUUGGUUACGUAUUGGUAUUUUUUCCAUAUUCUUUUCCUUCUAUGUUGGCAUCCAUGGUUUCAAAUUUAAACCUUCGUAUAAUUCACGACAUGACAUUCCUAUGUGUUCAUCUGCACUGCGAUCUUCAUCGAAUAUACGUUUGCAAGAAAGCUACGAUGUGAUAGUGAUUGGCACAGGAGCCGCCGGUUGCAUUGUUAGUGCCAAACUUGCAACUGCUCUAGGCAUGAACGUGUUACUUGUUGAAGCUGGUGUCGCAACAGGAAAUAAUGAUAAUGAAAAUAUUACUAAUCCAGCUCUAUGGCUCAAUGUGCUACAUAAUGAUACAUUAGAAUGGCAUUUUCAUACUGUGGCUCAAACGGCAUUGAAUGAUAGAAUCAUUAACCUCGGAUUUGCAAAAGGUACUGGAGGAAGUGCAAUGCAUAAUGCAAUGGGAUAUGUCAGAGGAGGACAAAAGUGGUAA